UUCUUGUCUUCCAAUAAUGCAAGCAAAUUGCAACCCCUCUCUCUCUCUCUCUCUCUCUGUCUCUCUGUCUUUUAGUGGUGGCAAGGAUUUACAAUUUUGAACCUUCCACUUUGUUAUUUCAAAUCGAAGAAUCAAAGGGAUCAUCAGGUAUUGGAAGCACACUCCGCCUGCACUAUAAAUCACCUCCCUCCUCCCUCACUUCUUUCUCAUUCCAACUGUGGUCGAGAUCCUCUGAGAGAGAGAGAGAGAGAGGAGGGAAAAACAAAUAAUGGAGAAAAGCGUCAUCGUUAACGACAUCGAGCAUGGAGAUCAUGAAAGACAAGGAACUGUGUGGACCGCGACGGCGCACAUCGUCGCAGCGUUGAUCGGUUCAGGGGUCUUGGCACUCGCGUGGAGUGUCGCUCAGUUAGGGUGGAUCGUCGGGCCUCUGGUUCUCCUCUUCUUCUCUGCUGUCACCUACUACACCUCUGUUCUCCUUGCCAACUGCUACAGGUUCCCUGAUCCCAUCACUGGAACGAUCAAUCGCGCAUAUAUCGAUGCGGUUCGAUCGUAUUUAGGUCCAAAGCAAGUGUUCUUGUGUGGAUGUGCUCAGUAUGUGAAUCUGUGGGGAACCCUCGUGGGCUACACCAUUACAGCCAGCACAAGCAUGAUGGCGGUGAAGCGCGCCAACUGCUUCCAUCGGAAUGGGCACGGCGCGAGGUGUCUGGUGUCGGGCAACAUGUACAUGGUGGUGUUCGGCCUCUUCGAGCUCGUGCUGUCCCAGUUCCCGAGCUUGGAGAACAUAACAUGGCUGUCGGUGGUGGCGGUCACGACAUCCUUCGGCUACUCCUUCAUCGGCCUCGGCCUGUGCGUCGGGAAGUGGAUUUCUCAUGGCGAAUUCAGAGGCACUUUGGGCGGCACCGGCAACGCCGCCGCCAGCGAGAAGGGCUUCAACGUGCUCCUGGCACUGGGGAACAUAGCUUUCGCGUACACUUUUGCGGACGUCUUGAUUGAGAUUCAGGACACCCUGAAGUCGCCUCCCGCCGAGAACAAGUCGAUGAAGAAGGCGACGCGCAACGGCAUCGGCCUGACCACCGUCUUCUACCUCUCGCUCGGUUGCAUAGGCUACGCGGCAUUCGGCAACGACGCGCCCGGAAACAUCCUCACCGGUUUCGGUUUCUACGAGCCGUACUGGCUCGUCGACUUGGCCAACGUCUGCGUCAUCGUCCAUCUCAUCGGGGCGUAUCAGGUCUACGCGCAGCCGAUCUUCGCCAGGUUCGAGAUCUUCCUGGCUUUCUACUGCCCGGACAACAAAUUCCUGCAAAAGAGCUACUCCAUCGGCUCCUUGAGCUUCACGCCGUCCAAGCUCGUGCUAAGGACCAUCUUCAUCAUGUUCACGACGCUGGUGGCGAUGCUGUUUCCCUUCUUCAACGCUGUGCUGGGACUGAUCGGCGCCGUGGGGUUUUGGCCGUUGGCCGUGUACUUCCCAUUGGGCAUGCACAUGGCUCAGGAGAAGAUACGAAGAGGCGAUCGCAAGUGGUUCGCGCUGCAGGGCCUCAGCUUCUUGUGUCUGCUAGUUUCGAUCGCUGCGAGCGUCGGCUCUGUGGCGGACAUUGUGCAUAAUCUCAAGGCAGCUGCACCAUUUAAGACUCCGUAUUAGAGACAGAGCAUUCACUAAUGUGGAAUCAUGCCUCUACAACACUGAGAGGAACAAAAAAAAGUUAAUGAGGGAAGAAUUCUCAAUCUAGAUCACCUGACUUCCUUCUAAUUAGUCUAGAUCUCUUGCUUGACUUGCAGUGGGAGACAGUUUCAAAUGGAUGAUUCGGUAAGAGUAAGAAGCUAUGGAGAGAAUUUUAUUUUCAUCAAA